UAUAUAAUUAUUUAUUUUUUAAUUUGCCGGUAAUGGCAAAAUCUACUUGAGCACAGUUGUUUAUUUAAUAAUAACUAAAUAAGCUACGAAAAUAUUAACAAAUAAAUAUCUCAAAUUGAGUGAAAAUGUCUAAUGAAUUGAACUCGGAUGAGGAAAAAUAUGCAAACGAAUCCUUCGAAAAUGAUACAGACGAGAUUCCUGAAAUUUCUGAAACAGAGAGUGAAAGCGAAGGAGAGCCGGCAGUUGUGUCUUCAAAUAGUAACCUGUAUGCCUACGCACGGAAUCGUUUCAACGGACGCAAAAACUCCUUGCAGAAUAAAAAUUAUGUGCCCUUCGACAGUUCUUCGGAAGACGAUCAGGAUGUUGUUAUCAGUGAAACCAUUGCUGAAAUCAAUACGGAACCAAUGUGCAUGGAAGACGCCAUCCAAACCCAAAGAACACCUAUCAAUUCUGCGCUAACACGCCGGGGCAGUGAAUCUCUUGCUACAGUUGAGAUUCCAAAUUUUCCAUCCUAUGCCAGUGAUGGUGGCAUUAUCGACGAAGUCUCGGAUAGUGACGAAACAAAAGCCCAAUUGUCGUUAGAAAAUGAAAGUGAAUUGCUGCAAAAAUUUAACGAUUUAAAUUGUGGUAAAGAUGAGUUGUCAGCGGCAGUACAAUUAGAAGAUGAAGUAUUAGCAGCAAGCAGCUUUCUUCAACCGGAUGUAGCCUACGAAGAGGAGUCUGUGAACGAGUCCCAAAGGGCGAGCAUGAACGAUCAGAAUACACCAUUAGUAGACACUUGUCGACAAGAUCUGGUGAGUUUUUCCGAUACCGAUAACUUCAGUGAAUAUCCGUCCAAGGAAAUGGAUAAUGAGCCCGUUGAAUAUGAACCAAGUAUUGAGGUGCAUAUUAGUAGUGAAACACCUACUAGCUUCAAUUCAGAUGAUUAUGCCUUUCAUCUAAACUUUUUAAAAAGCAAUGGUUCCAAUGAGCAAUUGCGUAUGCGCCAUCAGCAGCGCAAAAGCUGGAGCUUUUCAAAUGACCGUAUGCGCGAAAUAGAGCGUCAUAACCACAUUCUGCUCCGAAAGAUACUCUCUCAAAAGCCAACAUACCAUUGGGCUACGCCAAAACCAACUAAGUUCACAACAUUACCCCCGACGACACGCAUCACCAGCGCAGCUAUCAACCGUAAAAAGAAGCAACGACAGAUUGACAUGGAUAAUCAAGGACUUAAAAGACGCAUAGAGGCAAUAUCACUGCGACGUCCAACGGUGCAACAUUUAAAUUAACAAUAAAUGUUUUUGGAUUUCGGAAACAUACACAUUUGAAUUACUAAUUUAGACAAAAUGAUUAGACCAGGAAAAUAUAUUUUUGUCAUUUAAGUAUUACUAAUAAAAAAAGUUUUCGUU